CAGACGUCAAAACGAAGAAUCGAUGCUGUUGAAGUAGGCAACGUUCCGAUCUUUUCAUUGUUUAUGCCGCGGGGAUUUCACGGGUUUCGUCGUAUUUUUUACGUAGUUUUGCUAAAAGCUGUAGAUCAACGUUAGUUUCAUAAGUUUGAGCGGAUGGGAUAUCCAAAGUUAGUUCGUCGAAUUUGUUGAUUGUUGUUAGUUGAACUGUCAAUACCAGAAAGAUGCCGCAUGCUGGUUUUGUAACUAUACUGAUCGGAGUCACCGUAGCUACGGUUCUCUAUUUUAUGUUUGGAACUAAUAAGCCAAGAACUGCGCAGCAAUACUAUGAACAUGCGUACGAAUAUCAUUCAGAACGACACAACAGAUUAUUUGAUUCUGAAGAAUGUUCAAUAUGUCUAUUACCAUUGAUAAAUAGAGCUACAUACAUCCUACCUUGCAAACAUCAAUUUCAUAAGAGUUGCAUUGAUAAAUGGAGACAUCAAGCUCAAGGGCAUCAAGCGUUGUGUCCACUCUGCAGAUCUCCAUUUACAUAAGACUGCCAGAUUUAAUAAGAAACAUGUCUUGAUUAGUACAAUAUUUUUUGUACUCUAUUGAAACUAAAAAAUAUGUUUGUUAAACAUCAAAUUCAUAUUGCAAUUAAAUUUUUUACAAAUAACUAUAUAAUUAUCUACUAAGAUAAACUGUUCUACUUGGAGAAUAAAGUGAUUAUUCAAAUUUAGAAAGAUAAAACAGAAGAUAUUACAUAUGAGAUCAAAGUUUUGCUGCUUCCUUGUAUUUACGAUAAAGAUACGAUAGUACAGUUGCAUGUCUUAUCUUUUUGAUAUAGUACAUAUACAGCUGUGCCUUAUGCUGUGAUUUAUUCAGCUGGACAAAUUUAAUUAUAUAUGUAUAUUUUCACAAUAUAGAAUAAAUAUACAAAUAUAUGGAAGUAUGAUUUACAAUUAUUUAAAACAGUGCAUUUUGAAACUGAAGUGAUUAAUGAAAAAAUGAAAUAUUUAUGAUCUACCUUUGAGUUUAAAAUUUACUUCAAAUACGAGCAUUUUAUAAAAUGCAUCUUCCUCUUUCUAAACAAUUUACAUAAGAGCACUGUUUUAUAAAAUCAUGUAUGGUAUUAUAUAGAAAUGUAAGGAAAUUUUUACAUGAACCGUAUAACUCAUUAUUCUUAAAAUGCAAAAUUCACAACCCUAUGAAAAUAUAUGUUUUUGUUAUCAUUGUUUUUAUUAUAUAAGAAACUAUAAUGAAGAAGAAUUAUGUCAAAUUCUGAAACUUUGUUUACAUAUAGCAAAUGGUACUUUAAAUGGUGAUAUAUUAAUUAAUUAUAACAUAACUUCAGACGUAUUAACCCUCAUACUGCCAGCUUCAAAUACGUGAUAUAUGCGAAAAAUACCGCACUCGGAGGAGAGAUAGUCUGAAUGUAAACAAGCAUAGCCGAUAUAUCGGUCAGUGGCGGUUUUCGUAUAAGCACCAAGGGGCGACAUAUUGACUGGCGGGCAGUAAAAGUGUUAAUAGUUGCUGUGUGUGAUACUCGUAAUUAGGGAUGUUCAAGUAUUCGAAAGUACAUUUAGAUUGGAUCGGGAAUUCUUGAUGUAGGAUUGGGAUUCCGAAAGUUUGUAACUACAUAAGUAUGUCCGAGUAUCUAAAUAUUAUAAGCUCCAAGAACCCCGAUCCCAUACGAAUUAAUUUGACUAAUGAUUGGCUUGAACUUAGACUCAGGUAUCCACACACCCCUAUUCUUAAUAUUAUGUAUAGUGCAGCUACAAAUGUUCUCCAAGCUCCAUUUUACAGUUUAUUAUACACUGUCAUAAGCAAUAUUAUACAUUAUUUAAUUGAUUAAAAUUGUUAUUUUUAAUAUUCCAUUUGAUGAAAGCAAUUAGCAAAUCAAAUUUCAGUUCUUCAUAUUUUCCUCUGUUAUAAAUUCUAAAUAUGAAAACUAAUAACAUACGUACAAAAAGUGGAUUCUCCUGCCAUAUUGUGAAUUUUCUUAAAAGGUUAUGUAAACGAUAAAUAUAUAAUUAUUGUUUUAUUCUUAUAACACUGCAUGUAUCUGACAUUAAACUGUAUUACUUUUGAUUAAAGCGAUAGCAAUAAGCACUUUGUGAUAAAAGGCUCCUAAAUUAUCACUAUAUGUAUUUCGUAAAUUAAUAACUUUCACACGUAAUUUUUCAUUCACAUUGUUGAAAUUAUAUCUAAUCAGCUGUUUUUAUAGAGUUAUAGAAUUAAAUAACAAAAAAGCUUUGAAAAGUGUGAUAUUCAAACAUAUAAAUUGUUAUGUAUAAUUUACGAAUAAGUGUUUAUAAAGCUUGUUACGAAUAACGUAAAUAUAAAAUGUAGAAUAUGUUUCUGUGUGAAGAAUGAAUAAAGUAAACGUAGCUCUUAAAUAAAUAA